CACAAGUUUCACACACUCCUUGUCAUUUUAUUACCGCAUUUGGGGUUCUUCUCUCUGCAACACCAUCUCUCUCUACUUUCUAGACCACAUUCAGAGAAAACCCAGUUGGUGGCUUGAGAUAAUGCUGAGGAAGAGGACCAGGUCAAUCCAGAAGUAUCAACACAACACAGAUCAAAUGGCAAUUUCUGAUACCAAUUAUGAGUCUUAUUCUCAGUCUUAUUUGGGGACCAAUGUAAAAAAAAGCUCAAUUUUCAAGGCCCCUCUUCUGUUUGUGGGUAUGGGUUCUAAAGGCAUGUUGGAUUCUGAUUCAGUUAAGAGCCCCACUUCCCCAUUAGAUGUUACAUUCCUUUCAAAUCUAGGUAACCCCUUUAGAACUCCUAGAUCACUAACCAACGAGGGGCAACAAAGGAGUUGGGACUGUGCCAAAGUAGGUCUAAGUAUUAUAGAUUCUUUGGAAGAAUGUUCUAAAUUUCCUGGGAAAAUUCUCCUCUCCUCAGAGAACAAGAAGACUUGUUUUAGUCCUCAAAUGAUUACUGAAAUCCCAAACUGUAAAUCCUAUAUGGAUGCUGCUCAGGCAUCUAAAUCUUUGCCUACAGAUUUUUGUAAGCUUCCUUAUACUAAAAAUGGUUCUAUUUUCCACAAGGGUGAAUCUACUGUUCUUUUUGAGAUUGGAGAAACCCUUCUAGAACAUGAACCUUUUGCGAAAACUGUGUCUUGUUCAUUGGACUCUUGCAGUACAAUUCAAGAUCUGUCUGGUUUAACUGGUUCCAACUUUGAUUCUGAUUCUGAGAAUUUUGCUUUGAACCAAUUGAGCUCUCCUCCUCAUUUUAUUGGAGGAAGCCAGAACUCAAACACUUUGCUACCUGGAGAAUUUAAUUCAAAUCCUGUGUCUGCAUCCUCUUCUGAUGAAUUUCUCAAGUCUCUAUCAGCCAGUGAGAUUGAACUCUCUGAGGACUACACACGUGUGAUUUCCCAUGGUCCUAAUCCCAAAACAACCCGAAUUUUCUGUGACUGCAUCUUGGAAACUCAUGCAAAUGAUUUCGAAAAACAUUAUAAGAAUGAAGAGAAGGAUGGGGGAUUGUCCUGUCUUGGUGUUAACAGAUUUCUGACUCCAAACCAAUAUCAUUCCGAUGACUUCUUAAGUUUCUGCUACCAUUGCAACAAGAAAUUCGAAGAGGGGAAAGAUAUUUACAUGUAUAGAGGUGAAAAGGCAUUUUGCAGUUUGACUUGCCGUGCACUGGAGAUCCUGAAUGAUGAGGAGCUAGAGAAAUCUGAUCCAUCAUCUGAAAACUCUCUCAAGUGGGAUUUUGGUGGAUAACUUGUUGAAACAGGUACAUAGAGGCUUUGCCACCAUCGGCAUUAAGUCCAUGAGAUGAGUAGACGCGGUUGAUCAUCUGUUCUAAAAGAGCUGUUUUUGUGUGCAUCUAUUAGCAGCCAUGGAUGAUUGUUUUGUACAUCAUUGCGUUUGCUAUUUGUUUUUCAGCUUUUUCAUGGUCUCGGUGGAUGAUGGCUCCACAGCUAGAUUUGGUUUCCAUAUAUAACAACAUAUAUAAUGACAUUACAUGAUAGGUUAUGUUUAUUUUUCAUACAAAACCCAAGGGUUUAAGCCCAUUUUUGUUGGCUUACCCCUUACUGAAGUUGCUUUGGCUUAUCUCUAUAUUAUGCCAAGAAUCAGUGUAUGCAAAACCAAACAGGUUUUUGACUUGAAGGUUGUACUACUAUAUAUUGUAGUUCAUGUGAAACUAUUUCCUUUUUGUUGGAUUGUAAAUCAAAAAGUUAAUUGAUUUGGUCUUUUCUG